UACAGGAAGGAGAGCGGAGCUCCGCGGCCACCAGUCUGCACACCACCCUACCACCCCCUCCUUAUGGCCAUGGCAGCCCCAAGCUUACCUGUGGAGUGUGGCUACAUCCGAACCGUCUUGGGCCAGCAGAUCCUAGAGCAGCUGGACAGCUCCAGUCUGGCUCUGCCUUCAGAGGCCAAACUGAAACUGGCUGGGAACAGUAGCCGCCUUGACCAGUCUGCUAAAACCCUCAGAAUCCAGGAGCAGGUCCAGCAGACUCUGGCCAGAAAAGGCAAGAGUUUCGUGGUGAACGGAAGCCUGCCUCGAACCAGAAGUGUUCCAGAAUAUGUCUGCAAUCCGAACUUAGUUGAAAACCAUCUCUCUCUAGGGUGUUCCCCUGUUACCAAAACAUAUGAUAUUUUAAAGGCAGGUACAACAGCUACUUAUGAGAAUCACUUGGAAAGAGGAAGAGCACGAUAUAAUUCACAAAAGUCAAUGGAAGAAAGGUCUCAAAGGCAGCCUCUGAAGAGACUGGAGAUUUCUCCUGGGAGUAGUCCUGAGAGACUUAAUUAUGCAUAUAGUGACUACUAUUAUAUCCAGAAAAACCAGGUAGGACACAAUUUGAGGCCUCAUGGGAGCAGGAGGUCCACUGUCCUCAUGCCACCAAGAUAUGCUUGUUCAGAAAUUGCUGACUUCAACCAUCAUGGUACCAUGAGCAGGCAACGUCAUUAUGAUACUUACCAUAGACAAUGCCAGUAUGGAUCUGUUAGUGACACGGUUUUUGAUAGCUUCCCUGCCAGUCCAGCAGUACUCACAUACCCCAGGCCAAGAACAAGCCGAAGUAUGGGGAACCUCUUGGAGAAAGAGAACUACUUGACUUCAGGACUUGCUUCAGGACAAGUCAGACCACUGGUGUCUCUACAACAAGGUCACCAGAAUAAGCAAUCUGUUCAUUCUACCUGGCAUCAGAGUUCUUUCUGUAGCACUCAUACUCUGAGAGAUGUUCUGCCCAGUGUCAGUAAAGGAACCAGCAGGAAACAAACACAUAUGACAGUUGGCCAGGCAGCAACAGCAGGGGGUGGAAAUUUGCUAACUGAAAGAACUGCUUUCAACGAUUCCCAAGUUGGCCAUGAAGAUGUAGAGAUGACUUUGGAGCAUGCAGUAAGCAUGCUGGAUUCAGACAGCACACUAGCAUCUAGGAUUCAAGCUGCAAUCACCUUUAUCCAGCAUGAAUGUUUCCAGAAAUCAGAAGCCCGAAAAAGGGUUAAUCAUCUUCAGGGCAUACCCAAGCUUCUGCAGCUCCUAAAAUUGCAGAAUGAGGAUAUACAGAGGGCAGCAUGUGGAGCCCUAAGAAAUUUGGCAUUUGAAAACAAUGACAAUAAGAUGGAAAUAACUGAACUGAAUGGGGUUCCUCAAUUGCUCCAGGUCCUGAAGCAAACUGGAGACUUGGAGACUAAAAAGCAGAUAACAGGUUUGAUGUGGAAUUUGUCCUCUAAUGAUAAGCUCAAGAAUCUGAUCAUUACAGAAGCUUUACUAACCCUGACAGAUAUUGUCAUCAUUCCUUAUUCAGGAUGGUCUGAAGGUGACUAUCCCAAAGUAAAUGGCUUGCUUGACUUUGAUAUAUUCUACAAUGUCACAGGAAGUUUAAGAAAUAUGAGUUCUGCUGGACCUGAUGGAAGGAAAGUGAUGAGAAGAUGUGAAGGACUGAUAGAUUCUCUUGUGCAUUAUGUUAGAGGAACCAUUGCAGAUUAUCAGCCAGAUGAUAAGGCUACUGAGAACUGUGUAUGCAUUCUUCAUAACCUAUCCUACCAACUGGAGGCAGAACUCCCAGAAAGAUAUUCACAGAGUAACUACAUUCAAAACAGGAAUAUCCGGACCACCAAUAACAAAAGUAUUGGGUGCUUUGGAAGUCGAAGUAGGAAAGUGAAAGAGCAAUACCAAGACAUCCCACUGCCAGAGGAAAGGAGUAAUCCUAAAGGUGUGGAAUGGCUGUGGCACUCCAUUGUGAUAAGAAUGUAUCUAUCUUUGAUAGCCAAAAGUAUAAGAAACUACACACAAGAAGCAUCUUUGGGAGCCCUCCAGAAUCUCACAGCAGGAAGUGGACCGAUGCCAUCUGCUGUAGCCCAGACUGUUGUCCAAAAGGAAAAUGGCCUUCAGCACACGAGAAAGAUGCUACAUGUGAGUGAUUUAAGUGUAAAAAAGACUGCAGUCUCAUUGCUGAGAAACUUGUCUCGGAAUUUGUCUCUGCAGAAUGAAAUUGCUAGGGAAACCUUACCUGAUUUAGUUUCCAUAAUUCCUGACACAGUGCCAAAUUCUGAUCUGCUCAUUGAGACUACAGCUUCUGCCUGUUACACUUUGAACAAUUUAAUCCAGAAUAGCCAGCAAAAUGCACAAGAGCUUUUGAAUACUGGAGGCUUUCUGAAGAUUAUAGCUGUCAGCACGGGUGAUAGCUAUGUCUCCAACAAAGCUAGUAAAGCAGCUUCUGUGCUACUCUAUUCCCUGUGGUCUCACACUGAUCUCCACAAUGCCUACAAGAAGGCUCAAUUUAAGAAGACAGAUUUUGUCAACAAUCAGACAAUCAAAGCCUACAACUCCCUUAAAGACUGAGAAAAAUGAAAUGAUGAUAGUAGAGACAGCCAGGACUGCAUCUCUUGUGAGAAAACCAUGUUUUUUAGUAUCUGUCUCACCAAUGGUCAACUGCAUAAAGUCUCCAGAAGAAAAAGACUGAUUUUUAUGCCCAUCCCAGAAGACCCCCUCCCCAAAAGCCUGUCUCAUUACUUAGCCUUUCCUCUUCUAUUUGCAUCUUGUCCUGUGUCACUAGAAAAGGGAGAAUCAGAGAAUAUAGUACUCGGUUUCUGCCAGAACACUUUUGCAAGUUCACCUUUCACCACUAUUGACAACAGCUUCUAACACCACAGACUAUUUGGGUACAGGGGUAUUUUCCCCAGGUCAUCAUCACUGGACUGGCUACACUUUCUUGCCUUCUCCAUCUUGACCCCAAGGGAAAUCAAGUCAACUCUGUACCAUCCUCUUCUCUCAAGUCCAUUGCCCUGUCAAAUCCCAGCUUCUGAUUAUUCUAGACAUUUGCUGAUUUCACUUCACAGGAAGCUGAAGAAAGUCUCCAUUACAAGCUUGUUACACGAUCUCAACUAGGUCUUUACCGCACCAAGGCAAUCUUGUUAUACCACAGUCGAUUCAUUAUCCUUUUCACCAUGGCAGAUAUUUUUAUCCCUUUUCAAACCUUCCAUGGCUCCCUCUCUCCCCACCCUCUCAGCUGAGAGCUUUGCUGCUUAUUUCACUGAAAAAAAAUUGAAGCCAUUUACAGAGAGCUUCCUCUUCUUCCCUAUAAUCAUUUCAUAUCAUUCAAAUGCCUUCUGCCACUAUCUUCUCCUUCAUUUCUCAUGAAAAGAUGGCCCUUCUCCAAGGCAAAUACCUUUCUGUGCACAAGUGAUCCUAUUCCAUCCCAUCUUCUUCAGCAGACCUCUAUCAGUCCUACUCUCACUAAUUUUUGAUCACUCUCUGCCUACUUGGCUGCUUUCCUACUACCUACAAACAUACCUAUGUCUCUCUGAUCCUCAAAAAACCCACACUUUAUCUAUCUGUCCUAUAUCUCUUCUUGCAUAAUGUCCUUGAGAAAGCUAUCUAGAAUUAGUGCCUUUGGAGCAGCUAGGUGGCACAGUAGAACACUGGCCCUCAAGUCAGGAGGACCUGUGUUCAAAUCUGGCCUCAGACAG